UUUCAGAACUCACUUAAAAUGAUUGAAGAGUUAAACAGUCUACGAUCUGGUGAGAACAGUGCUUACUACGGUUUAACAGAGUUUUCUGAUCUUUCACAAGAAGAGUUUAUGCAUUACAAGUUGCAUCCUUUGCUGUCAAAGCGUUUGAGGAAACACCCUGGCCAUUAUGUGAGUGCUACAUUCCGAAACCAUGACCAUCACCAUAACCGCUUGAAAAAACGAGCUGUCGAGUCUGACCUACCUCAGAAGGUGGACUGGAGAGAAAAGGGGGCAGUGACUCCAGUGAACAACCAGAAAACUUGUGGAGCAUGUUGGGCAUUCAGCACUGUGCAAACGGUGGAAUCCAUGAACUUCCUGAAAACUGGGCAACUGAUAAAGCUUAGUGUACAGCAGGCAAUCGAUUGUGCUCGCAAUGGCAACAUGGGCUGUGAUGGGGGUGACACCUGCAGCUUGCUCAUGUGGCUGGCGAACAACAAGAUUAAACUGCAGCCUGCGACAAGUUACCCCUUGGUGCUGGAGACUCAAAUGUGCAAACUGAAGAAGUCGACUAUUGGAGUACAGGUUGCCUCCAACUAUACUUGUGACUACCUAGUGGGAGACGAGGAUACACUGCUGUCACUUCUAGCGUAUCAUGGACCAGUGGCGGUGGCAGUAAAUGCUCUCAGUUGGCAAUACUACCUGGGUGGGGUGAUUCAGUUUCACUGUGAUGGCAGUCCACAGAAUCUCAACCAUGCAGUGCAGAUCAUCGGCUACGAUCUGACAGCCCCCAUACCUCACUACAUUGUACGCAACUCAUGGGGCACGACCUACGGUGACAAUGGCUAUUUGUACCUGGCUGUCGGCUCCAACAUUUGUGGUCUUGCUACUGAAGUCACAGGCCUAGAUGUUGUCUAGGUGCCAGUCAAACUCAACAGAUCUCCCAGCCAUGCUAGUACAGUCUUCUCACAUGACAACUAUAUACUAGUUAGAUAUUAUACAGUCAUGAAUUUACAAAUAAGUGACCUUAACAUUAAUUGUAUGUGCCUUUGAUUGUAGAACACAAAGAAGUAGGAAUAUGAUUGUCAUUGUUGGGUUGUGAUAUUCAGUCAACAUUGAGGUCUGUCACUUUCACGUGAAGAAAAGCUGUGUAAGUUGUGUUGUUAUCUAUUUCAGAUUUAUAGAUUUUUCAUAUAGCAUUAUCAAAUGUAAAGUAAAAGUGAGUUCGAGCUCAAAAAACGUGACAAGUUUA